AUGGCGUCCAGAAUGGGCCCGAGGAGCGUCAAGGACGCCACGCGCUUCACGUCCACGAUUCCUCACGCCACGUCCAAGAGCGCCGGCGGUGCCGCGACCGCGACGCCGAAGCCCUCGCCCCGGAUCCCCGGCGAGACGCCCGAGCAGAGAGUCCGCCGGUUGCGGCAGGCGCAUAUCGCGGCCCAGAAGGCGCAGGUGAGCAGAGCGGACCGAGUCGUUGAUGCGUCGAGGAGGUUCCUGGAUGUGGCGCAUCGGUGGACCGUCGGAGGAAUCGUCGUCUUUACGGCCGUUGCCGGUGUCGUGAGCAUCUACUCCGUAUGGGACAUGCUGCGAUACAACCGCGCCCGCCGCGCCGAAUGGGUCGAAGCCCAGAAGCAACUCGAGGCCGACUCCCUGUCUGCCGCCCGUAUCGCCUAUCUCAAGGGCACCGCCACCGAAGAGCAGAUUGCCCUUGUCGAGGAGGCCAACCGCGAGGCCGAAGCCCAAGGCAUCAAGCUGCCUCCGCUGCUGUCCCCGCCCGAGCACCGAACACACUUCGAGGAGCACGUCCAGGCUGCGUUCAAGGGCGGCGCGGAGAAGAAGGAAGGCAAAGGCAUUUUCGGCAUCUUCUCUGGUCUCUUUGGCGGCAAAGAGGCAUCGAGCGAUGGCUCAGACACAUCCUCAGAAGCUGGAACAUCGGCAGGUUCCGAAGCAUUGACCCAGUCGAUCGAGGCCAAGGCCAAGGACGCGUGGGCGACAGAGAAGGAGAAUCAGCGUCAAGGAGGCAGCUUAGACCAGCUUGGGCUGGAAACUGCGAGUACGGGACAGCCACCGUCGGAGAAGCGAGGGUGGUGGCGGUGGUAA